GCGCAGCUUAUAAUCUAAGGGGGUUGUGUCGGAUUUAUAUUCGGCGGAUAACUGUCAGUUCUGGUUGCUGUCAAAAAAGACAGUGUAAAACAUUUGUUGAUGAGACCAUGAUCUAUGGACGACUAUUGAGCCAUACUUAGAUGACUUUGAGAAUGUCCACAUAUCCGAUACCUGUCAUCCUAUACAUGAUUGGUUCGUCCAUAAAUUAUAGUCUCAUCAUCGGAGUGUCAGCAAUCCAUACAAGCAAACCUUACAUCCUCACGCCAAAUUUUCGUUUAGCCUAAUUGAAUUACACUUUUCUCGAAAACCAUCUUUAUGGGCCGCAUGCAAGUAUAUUAACGAUUGGAGUUAACAUAUGCAUGAGGUUUAAAGUGCAUUGUUUAUGUCCAUUGCGUAAACAACAUACUGGAUAUUAUGAUCAUCCUAUAUCAUGGCAAACAGUGAGAACACCGGAUUGUCGAAAGCUGCAACUGCUGGAACUAUUUUUGGUACUGGAUUAUUGAGUUGUGGACGUGUAGACAGGCGUACCUUUUUAAGUGCUCUCCUGGGUGCUGGACUAGGAUUCGCACUAGGGAUCCUUUCACAUGGUCUGUUAAAUAGUUUAUUACUAUUCUUGAAACGUGAUAAACAGAGUGAACAAUUGCGUCAUAUGACUGAACAGUUAGCUAGUGUUAGAGCGGAACUGUCGGAAUUACGUAAUGAAUUAUAUAAUACUCACGUAAAGAGUUUGGAUAGCAAAGAUAAUGAUGACGUCCCACCAAUUUUUAUAGGCGAUGAUGACUACGACCUAGAUGAUGAUUACGAAAACUACUUCGAUGUGGAAAAUUUCGGUGAUGACAUGAAUUCCCCAUCGAUUCAGUUCGGUAAAUUUCCAGAGGAAGUUUUAUCGUCGGCAAAUUCGUUUCAAAGUGUUGGUAGUCAUUUAAGCAACAACUCUUCUUAUUGGUCGAUGAUAGUUCAAGUUCCGACCGAUGUGCUAGAGGAAAUAGAUAAACUGGCUGAUUAUGCUUUAGGUGAGUAUUCAUCAAGUGACUCACAAAUGCAUCCUAAUGACAAUGAUAUCAAUCCAGGCAUACAAGCUUACGCUAGAUGUCUAGUAUACAUGCAAAAGUAUCGCUAUUGCCCAGAAUUCUUGUGGCGUUUAGCUCGUGCUACCUACAUAGCCAGUGUAGAAGCGCCAUUAGAUGAAGCUGUGUCACAAAAGGAUGAUGCAUCACACGGUCAUCAUACCUUAAAUGAUAUUGCUUAUAAAGUGCAAACUCGUCGACAGUUUAUUGAGUCAGGAAUAAAACAUGCACGUCGAGCGUUAAGUCUCGCACAAAGAGCUCCACCACCGCUGGAUAACGAUCCAACAAAACUAGCUCCAAUAUAUAAAUGGUUAGCUAUUUUAGUUGGUGUCUAUUCAUCUUACCUCAGUGCUCAACAAAGAAUACAGUAUGGUUAUGAAUUUAAGGAAUUAAUUGACACCGCAAUCAAGCUUGACACUUCUGAUGCCCUGUCCUAUUAUCUACGAGGUCGUUGGUGUUAUGAGGUGUAUAAUGUUUCGUGGAUUGAGCGCCAGAUUGCAUCUAGGUUAUUUGGCAAGCCUCCGACAUCUACCAUUGAGGAAGCUGAGACAGCAUUUGAAAAGGCUGAAGAAUUGCGCCCAAACCACUACGCUGCACUGUACCUGUAUCAAGCUAAAUGUUCUUUGUCUUACUUAGAUUACAAAACAGCACUGUAUAAAUUAAACAAAGCUCGAGGCUUAUUUGACCAACAUAGAUAUCCUAUACCACACACAGAUAUCGGUUCUGUACAACAAGAAGUAGAUCAACUGUACGACAAGUACUCUGGAUACCUAUGAAAUCAUGUAUAUAGCGAAAAAUAUAUAUUACUUUAAUUUAUAUAUUUCUCAUUGUUUCCAUCAACUUAAGUUGUAUCUUAUUCAAAACGGAAAUUUUGUGAUAUAUACAUAGUGCGUGAAAAAUUACAUAUGAUCAAGAUAUUCGUUUAUAAAUUUUAGCUUUCUUGGCUUUCUUAUCAGAUACACCAAAUGGUUUAUAACGCUUUUGGCCUGGAUUUUCUCGUGUUCUCUUUGAUUUUACAUUCAAAUCCACCUUGGGAGUAAUUGAUAGUCCACAUGUUCUUGCUGUUGCGGCCAAGUCUAGUUCAUCUACAUUGAAACAGCUUAGGCCAGACGAAGCGUAAGCACGAACUAUACCUUUGAAGGCUUCCUGAGCAGAAAGAGCAAGGAAAUAGUUGUUUUUGACCAACUUCUCCAGAGCUGGUUGCACAUCCGCCAUCUUUGAAUUGGCUAUUUCAUACUCUACAACCUUA